AUGGUUAGGGAAGGAAUAGUGCUAGGACACUUAGUGUCUGAAAGAGGUAUUGAGGUAGACAAAGCUAAAAUUGAAGUAAUUGAACAACUACCUCCACCUAUGAAUAUAAAAGGAAUUCGAAGCUUUCUUCGCCAUGCUGGUUUUUAUCGAAGAUUCAUAAAAGAUUUUUCAUUUAUUGCUAGACCACUUACUCUUUUGCUAGCCAAGGAUGCUCCUUUCGAAUUUGAUGAUGCAUGUCUAACAUCUUUCAAUUUAUUAAAGAAAGCACUCAUCUCUGCACCAAUCAUUCAACCCCCUGAUUGGUCGUUGCCUUUUGAAAUUAUGUGUGAUGCUAGUGAUUAUGCUGUGGGGGCAGUAUUGGGACAAACUAAAGAUAAGAAGCAUCAUGCAAUUGCUUAUGCCAGGUAUGUACCACCAGGAGCAAACAAGAAGAAGCUUACUCAAGAAAGUCGUUCACAUAUAUGGGAUGAGCCAUACCUCUUCCGAGUAUGCUCUGAUGGCUUACUCAGGAGAUGUGUGACCACUGAGGAAAGAUGUGGGCCAUGUCAAAGACACGGAAAAAUAAAUACAAGGGAUGCAAUGCCACUCACCAACAACCUUCAGAUUGAGCUCUUUGAUGUCUUGGGAAUAGACUACAUGGGUCCAUUUCCUCCAUCAAAGAAGUGCGAGUACAUCUUGGUGGCAGUUGACUAUGUCUCCAAGUGGGUAGAGGCAUUACCUUGCAAGCAUGCCGACAACGUCAGUUCAAAGAGGAUGUUCGAAGAAAUUAUAUUUCCAAGAUUUGGAGUCCCCAGAGUAGUGAUAAGUGAUGGAGGAGCACACUUCAUCGACAAACGCUUCAAGCAAUACCUAUCAAGACAUGGAAUCCGUCACAACGUCGCUACCCCCUAUCAUCCUCAGACAAGUGGCCAAGCAGAGACUUCCAACAAACAAAUCAAGAAUAUUCUUCAGAAGACAGUAAAUGAAAUGGGAACGGCGUGGAAAGACAAGUUACCCGAUGCACUCUGGGCAUACCGGACAACAUACAAGACCCCAAUUGGGAUGUCUCCAUACCAAUUGGUGUACGGGAAGACUUGCCAUCUACCUGUUGAACUAGAAUUCAAAGCACACUGGGCCAUAAAGAGGUGGAAUAUGGACCUAGAUGUUGCUGGAGAUUAUAGAAGAAUGCAACUAUCAGAAUUGGAAGAAUGGCGAGAGAAGGCAUAUCACAAUUCAAAGAUCUACAAAGAAAGAGUCAAGAGGUGGCAUGACAAGAGAAUCAAGAAGAAGGAGUUCACACCCGGAGAUAAGGUAUUACUUUUUAAUUCCAGGGUGAAGCUUUUCAGGCAUGGAAAACUCCGGAGCAAAUGGGAAGGAGACAUUGCUGAGGACCAUGAACUAGCAGAGGAUGAAUCGGCAACGCGCUCGCCCCUCAACUAUGGUGAAGCCAUCAUAGUCCUUCCUGGGACCGAUGCAAAUGAGAACCAGAUUGGCCGAUUCUUCCAAACGUUCUACAACGGUCUUUCCAGGGAUCAUCGGGCUUGGAUGCCUUAUGAAGGUGAAGAAUCUAGGUUCCCUCUCCUCUUCCAUCUUGCCGGUGAUACACUCAACAAGGAUAAUGACCUGAUGAUGGCAAUUAUUAACCCAAGGGCAAUCCCAGUGAACAACUUUGGCAGUGGAAAGAAUACCAACACAACUUAUGAAUUCUACAACCCAUCUGCUUUAUCCCGCCAGUUAGCUUUUGGUCAGCUGCCCAUCAAACUUUGUUAUGCCGAUGUGGUCAAGCCAAGGGAGACAAUAACCAGCAGUCUUGAAUGGAUCAGGGUAGCUCAACUUCAUCCAGAUGCCGAUACAGAUGUUGAUCUAUCGGCUUGGGUCCCAGCUUCCUUCAUUACUGAAUAUUACAAGCUGUGGUGGGAAGAAUGGAAGGAACAACUGUUCACGAUAUCGGUUCAUAUGUACCGGAACAUGAUUCACCCUGAGCACAAAAUUCCCGAUGAUGUUGUCGAUGACCCAGCACCAUCAGUAAGCAGAAGUGGGCGGUCGUACGACCUCCAUCUAGUAUCUCUAGUUUCUCUGAAACCGUCGCAGAGCGCCGCCGCGACCCUCCGCAUGAAGCCGCCGUCCUGA